AUGUCCAGCAAAUUUACAUCAAUGCUACUGAGGGACAUGAAGUGUCACAAGCUAGAUGCUGUUGCAGAAUCUCAAGCUCGACUCAAUGCCCACCUUUCUGAGAAGAAACCCAAGGAUUGUGUUGUACCCUAUUCAGAUGCACUCUUCCAGGAGGCCGCUAUCCAAUGGCUAAUCGAAACAGAUCAGAUAUACCAUUUCUACUUGUCAUCUAUACAAAAACAUGCUUAUCUGUGCGAAGCCACCAAUGAGGUCAAAAUACCUGGUCAACGACAGAUAUGGCGGGCUAUUAUUGCUCUUUUCAAAUGUAAUCUUACCAACCUUCGCAACUGGCUACUGGUAUGUAUCCCGAUCCAUGUCCUCUUAGCCUGCUAA